AUGCGUGGAUUCAUGGUGCGCACGGACAACGAGAUGCGCCAGUACCGUAAGUUUUUGGCCAAGGUGCUCUCCAAGUUCCAGGAUGCAAGCGCCCAGCGCUGCAAGAACCAAUCCAAGCUCGCCAGCAUUGCCAAUUCCGUGGCUGCCAUCUCAGACUCCCUUACCAACACCCAAUCUGAGGUAGCUGAGGUGGCCAAGGGCCUGUCCAAGACCAAUGGCAAGUUUGCGACUACGACCUCGGACAAAGGCCACGGCAGCGCCCCUUCUCCCUUUCCGCCGCCCGGCUGGAAGGUUGCUGCCCUCUCGUCUGGCGCCAACCAUACCCUCACCAUCCUAGUUCGACAUCCAGCCGGCCUCGACGACAAAGACGAACCCGGACCCGAUGCAAGGCAGGUCUGGGUCGCUGGCACGGGCGCAGAGGGCCAGCUCGGCGCCCUUGCGGUCGGUUCCACGGGCUCAUCGCUGCCGCCUCCACCACUGCUGAGCUUCCGCCGCCUCGACCUGCGGCGUGAGGUGCUCGACCCUCUCGUGGCAGAGGGAACGCUCGACGCUGUCCAGUCGGCCGGUUACCAGUCGCCCAAGCUGGUGGCCUGCGGCUGGAACGUCAGCUACCUCGUCCUCGGCCCGUCUCAUCGCGACACCGACGGCACCACGGCCAGCGAUCUCAUCGUGUCGCUCGGUCUGCCCAAGGACAACACCUUCGGCCAGCUGGGCGUGCGCAGCCCUGCGCCAGACUCGGCUGUCCACGUCGUCGAUGUGCUUGCGCCCGCCCCCUACUCGGUGCUCAGGAUCGCUGCCGGGUUGAGGCACGCCGCCGUACUUCUCGCCUCCAGUGCCGAAGACGAGAGCAGCAGCGGCCCCCUUUGCCUAUCGCUCGUCGGCUGGGGAUCGGCUCGCCACGGACAAGUGGGUGAGAUGGCCAGAGGCUCCGAGGAUCCGGCCGAGGCCAGCCGCUCGAGGACAAGACCGGGUCCUGUCCCCGCCAUCGCAUCGACGCCGCAGCUGAUGCGCACAUGGACGCUGCCCCAUCAGUCGCCGGGAAGCGUGCUCGACGGCCUGGCACUGGCUGCUGGCCGUGACCACACGGUCGCCCUGGUCGCGGGCAAGCUCGCCUUCUGGGGCUCCAACCGACAAGGGCAGUGCGCGCUGGCUGGCUCCGCAGCGCUGGAUCAGGGCGUGGUGGCGUCGGUGGCGUGCAACUGGAACGGCACGUCUGUCCUGCUCUGCUGCCGCGAUGGUCAUGACGAGGGGCAAGAUCGCAUCUUGAGCUCUGGCAACAACAAGAAGGGUCAGCUCGGCGCCUCUCCCACAUCCUCGGCGGGCGCCGAUCCAUCCGUGGUCGUGGAGAUGGACACGUCGCCGCUCAUGCGUCAACGAGGAGGCGACAGGGCCCGGUUCAUCGCUCUGGCGUCGGGCAGCGAGCACACGCUCGUUCUCGUCGGCCGCGGCUCCGCCCAAGAGGUGUGGGGUACGGGUUGGAACGAGCACGGCAACCUCGCCCAGGGCGACGAAGACGACCGCCAUGGGCUCGUCCCGCUCUCGAUGCCUGCUCCAGGAGAGGCACAGCCGGUGUCGAUCUGGGCGGGAUGCGGCACAACCUUCGUCCAGACUCUGUCCGCGCGUCCAUCCUAG